AUGGUUCUUUUCAAGCGAAAACCCGUUCAAUACGCUGCGCUGCCUACAUACAUUACGGAUGACUCGGAGGUUUGGUCCAUAGAAGAAACGGGCGAGGUUUUCACCAGUUAUGAGGAAUACUUGAAACGUAUCGAUUACUACAAGCAAAAGCGUUUCGUCUGCGAAAUCACGGGACAUUCGGGACUAAGUUUCAAGGAAGCACUCAGGAGUGAGCUGGAUGCCUCGGAUGAGGUUGACGACGAGUUCCCUGAUGCAUUGAGGGAGCCGAUCCUGCGAAAAGUACAGUUCCAACAAAUAUCAAGGAUAGAUAAUCUAGUUGACUAUACCUACGAGGAGUUUAAGCGGGAUUUCUACCCAGGGGAAAUUGUCACAAUCACACUUGGUGAAGAUCGUUUUACUGGCUUCAUCCGUGAAAAGACCAAGUUCCCUGAGCUAGCUCGGCCAGAUGGCACCCUAGAGCGGAAAGCAUAUGCACGAUAUUUUUGCUAUCUUGACGAAAGACAAGGUGAGGAAGCACUGGUCGAUGAAGACCAGAUUGCCCGUGAACGAAAGACCUUCACCAAGCAGAGGCUUCGAUCGUUUCUGAAGAAUAGCGUCACACGUGAGGCAUGGACAGGAGCACCUUGGCUUGUCAAACCAAGACUCGCUGAGGAGUACCGAAUCAGCACAACUAUCCCCGACUGGCUUACCCAUGACCACCAAUCAAAACAGAGAAAAAUCAACCCUUCCUCUGGCAAAAAAGGUGAAUACGAAGGUCUCACCCUUAAUCUAUACGGUGCUCGCCACAGCCUUCCAUUGCUCAAACCGAAGGGAAGCAAAGGCAAGAAUGCUCAGGAUGACAUGCAGCGUUGGAGGCAGGAACAAUAUGCUGAAUAUCAACGCUCUACAGUUAGCAACCCGGAUUUCAGGAUUGCACCGCAAGGCCAGCCGACUCAAUUUAACCAAUUCCAAGCCGGACCUCCACAUGGGUUUCGCAUGGUCCAGGGUUUUCAACCAAUCGCCGCCAAAGGUCAGCCAAAGCCUGCACCACCACCGCCUCCACCGAAGUACCCCAUCGAGGACCUUGAGAUACCUCCUGUUCGUGAUGGGACUCAUCGCCCGCCACUCAAGUUUCUCUCAGAGAGCACUCCAAGUCUCAACAGAGUGUCUGAAGGCGCUGGAAGUGGUAUAGCGAUGGAAUCUGUCGGGCUAAUUUUAGAGACCUGGGACACCUUAAAUGUCUACUGCGAAGUUUUUCAGCUUGACUCUUUUACGUUCGAUGACUAUGUCGAAGCUUUGCGAAUUACGUCUGAAGACGUUCAUUGUGAGCUUCUCGUAGAGAUACAUUGCGCCGUGCUCAAGAAGCUGGUGAAUGACUCAAACGACAAGAAUGGCCAGGUUCAGAUCUCACUGCCAUACCAAGUCGAAAGCGAGGAAGAAGAAUCCGUCCAGGAAAGUAGCGCUCAACCCUCGCCUACACCAGAGCCUGAAAUUAAACCGCCAGCGCGAUCUACGCGCGGUAGUCUUGCAAAAUCGGAAGCGGCAGAGCUGAAGCAAGCUGCCAACGGGAACGAAGCGUCCCCCGCCAACGUGAAAGUCCACCGAGCGGUAGAGAUGGAUCAUUCAAUGCGGGGCUACGACUGGAAAAUGCGACUUCGAAAGCGUGACUUCUCCAGUGGUCACUGGGUAGUGAUCGUUGUAGGUCUUCUGAAUCAGCUAUCGAGUAGUCCUCGCCUCACGGAAAGCUGCAACGAGAUCCUGAGGCACUUAGCCCCUCUCGAUAAGGACGCAACGCCAGAAAUUGCGUCUGCGCAGUAUCAAACCCUUGAUAUCAACCUUCGCACCCGGAUACUUCAGAUCCUUUGCAUGAAGUCCGUGGAAACCAAAGCGAUCCGACAGUACAUGGAGGACUGCAGCGCCCAGAUGACAGAGCAUCGAAAAGAGAAAAACGAAGUUCAAAGAAGUCGUAAAGCAGCAGUGGAAGAGCUACGGGUGUUACAUGAGGAGCGUAAGACUUUGCAACCAGAAAGCAUUUCAGCAUCUCCUCCCGCAGAACUUGAGGAACUAUCAGAGUUGAAAAUGGAACCAGAUGAGGAAGAGCCUGCAGACGAGGAUGAAGUCAUGGACUCCGACGAGGAGGAACCUCAUCAAGGACGCACCCUCCGUCGAGCUAACGAUAGAGCGGCAGCACGCAAAAAAAAGCAGAGAGAAGAAAAGGAGAGGAAAGAAACGGCGCAAGCUGAGAAGGCAAAGAAGCCGUCAAAGCAGGAGAAGCAAUAUGACAAAGUAUUAAAAAAGAUCGAAGAGGUGAAGGAGAAGAUUAAGGAGUUCGAAGAAGAAGUUCACACUCUCGAAAACGACCUUCGGGAAGCCGAUUGCCCCAGAACUAGAGUACUUGGAAAAGAUCGCUUCUGGAACCGCUACUACUGGAUGGAACGCAACGCCAUGCCAUAUGCGGGCCUACCCGAUAGCUCCACUGCCGACGCUGGAUACGCAAACGGAUGUCUAUGGGUACAGGGACCCGACGAUCUUGAACGUGAAGGUUUUAUAGAAUUGUCUCCGGCCGAGAACGAGCAAUACCGGCGAGCGUUCCAGAUGACAGUACCAGAACGAAAGAUGAUUGAGGAGGGCGAUACUCAUACCUUCACCGCCAGACAGUGGGGCUAUUACGACGACCCCGACCAUUUCGAUAUGCUCAUCGGAUGGCUCGAUGUUCGCGGGGUACGCGAACUCAAACUUCGCAAGGAACUUCAAGCCCAGAGAGAAAAGAUCUGCCUUCACAUGACGAAACGUCAUGAGUAUUUGAGCAUGGACGAGAAGAAGUCCGAAGCCAGUGAGCCUACGACGAGAGUAUCAACGCGCACCAAGACAUAUGUAGACUCAACCGGCCACCGAUGCUUAGCGUGGAAGAACAACACUGCCAUCACCGAGAUCGGCCACCUUCACUCGGAACCAAAGCCGCCAGCAUACAAGAAGCAAAAGGGAGUAGCUCAAAAGAAAGCUCUCAUCGUCGAGGAGGAGGAGCCCCGGCAAACACGCGCCACUAAUCGUCAAGGCAAGGUGCCAACUCGUCAAGGGACCCGAUACAACUUUUAA